AUGCCUCCUCGUCGAGCGCACACCAAGUCCCGCCAUGGGUGUGAUCAGUGCAAGAGGCGCCGUGUCAAGUGUGACGAAUCAGGGCCCCCGUGCGCCAAUUGUGUCUCCCGAGAGCUCACUUGCACCUAUCUGAGAGCGCCGGCCAAGGGUAUUUACCAUGUACAACCACCUACUCAUACUCCGGCCCCGAUACGAAACCUGAGUCCGCUCCAGCCGGUAAUCCUCAGUCCCGCCUCGAAUCGUCCGACCGUUUCCGGCGUGCGCGAUGUGGAAUUGAUGCACAAGUUUGCUACCGAGACGUAUGACAGUCUCUUCAGCUCAUACUCAGGGCAGCAAACCUGGCAAAUCUUUGUUCCGCGUAUGGCUUUGCAGCAUGACUAUCUGAUGAACGGCAUUUUGGCUCUCGGCGCGCUGCACAUAGCCACCUCUCUCGAGCCUCCGGCAUCCUUGGCCUACAUCGACACCGCCCUCCACCACCACAACCUCACGUUUGCGCCAUUCCGCGCCGCCAUCAAUAAUAUUUCUCCAUUGAACAGCGAGGCCGUGCUGGCGCAGUCGAUUGUCACCACCGUAAUUGGCAUCGCCUUACCGCGGCUGACAAGCACACGCGGCGAGAGCCCGAGCAUAACCGAAAAUAUUGUUGUGGUCUUCGAGCUUUUGCAGGGUGUCAAAAACAUUUAUCAGCUUGGUCGAUCAUGGAUCAAGUUGGACUUCUUCUCCCGCCAGAUGGAUUUUUGGAAAACCGACGGUGCUGAUCUGGAUGACGAGACCCGGGCUGCCCUGGACCGACUCGUCACAUUGAAUGACGAGACGCUGGCUACCAUCGAUACCGAUCAACAUCGAAUCAACAAAGACGUUCUUGCUUCUCUUCGCCACUGUUAUGCGCGGUUUAUCAAUUCGCCAGACCCGGCGAAUGUCCUCGCAUGGCUAGCGGCAGUUGACAAGGAGUUUGUGGACAAUGUCGCCCGCCGCCAACCCCUAGCGCUGCUGAUUCUCAUGCACUGGGGAGUGCUUCUCGGCGAGUUGGACGGCCAUUGGUGGUGGGCCCGAAACUCAGGACGCGCGUUGAUCUCAGAAUUGCUGCAGGCGUUACAGCCCGGGGACCUACGAUGGUCCAAUGCUCUGUCGUGGCCCCAACGAAAAAUGGGACUAUGA